AUGUCUGAACAUCAUUUGAAGUUCUUUAAGAUCCAACAGUUUGUAGAUGAAGUGAAGAAGCAAAAUAAAACAGCAAAGAGACUACUUAUAUGCUUACCACAAACAUUACGUCAAGGAAAGUAUGGUUAUAGUGCAAGUCCGAUCAUGAUCUUUGUCGAUAAGCAGAAAUACACAAAUGAAGGUUUAGCUAAUUUACUCAAGUUUGAAAAGAUAGCUAUAAACAUUCCUGACCAUUUCUCAGCGAGAAUAAACCUUGACAAGACUAAAAGUUA